UGCCUGGUCACACGCAAGAGCCACACCAACUAGAGAGGGGGAGCGGACACUACAAAACCCCUGCACUGUACAGACAAGCCAUUCAUAAAUCAAGUGAUACCAAAAGUUAAACAUGCUAAUUGUUUUAAUAUGAAGGUACGCUAUUAAAAAGUGAAUUGAGAUUAUUAUUAUUGUUAUUGUUAUUGUAUCUAGCCAACCUGACCAAAAUCUACAUACAUGUACGAAAUAGUCCAGCUAAACAAUAGAUAGUUUUAGUGAACGUAAAUAUAUGUUCUAUAGUCAUGUGGAAAAUGUUGAUUUUUUUUGUUUAAAUUCAGUUCCAAGUAUAUAUUCUUUAGUUCAGAUGGCUAUGGUUCACGAGUAGCUAGGGAACGUAUGAAAAAAGCAUCGAGGAAACACAUCAGUCGAUGAAAUGCAACACGCCUUGUAAUUGACACUUCGCCAGGUUUGUUUGUGGAGCUGCAACUCUAUUGGAUUUGAAGCGUCAAUGGCCGACAGAAUCUCCGCCCAUCCCCAAUGUAACAGUGUCACAGUGAAGCAGGCAACAGCGUGAAGUUUAAAAAAAAUCUCUAUACUGAUCCUUGGCCGAGUUAUACAUUUGAGUUGCUAUGUUAGUAAUGUAGCUAAUUCAGAAACGUAAUGACAAAGGACACGUCCAGUAAAUAAUAAAAUGUCCGGAUUUGGGGCUUACAAGGAAGAAGCGCAAUGGUGUUUGGCUCAAAUAAACGGAACUACAGAAUUGGAAGUCUCUGAAGCUGAUAUAAUUUCCACAGUUGAGUUCAACCAGACAGGGGAACUGCUGGCAACUGGGGACAAAGGGGGGCGUGUUGUCAUAUUCCAGAGGGAACCUGAGAGUAAAAAUGAGCCUCAUUGCCAGGGAGAGUACAAUGUUUAUAGCACUUUUCAGAGCCAUGAGCCUGAGUUCGAUUACCUGAAGAGUCUGGAAAUCGAGGAGAAGAUUAACAAAAUCAGGUGGCUGCCACAACAGAAUGCUGCUCACUUCCUUUUAUCAACCAAUGAUAAAACUAUUAAAUUAUGGAAAGUUAGUGAAAGAGAUAAGAGGCCAGAGGGAUACAACCUGAAAGAUGAAGAAGGGCGGCUUAAAGAUCUUUCAACAGUGACAUCCCUGCAGGUGCCAGUCCUGAUGCCAGUGGACCUGAUGGUGGAGGUGAGCCCUCGAAGAAUCUUCGCUAACGCUCACACCUACCAUGUCAACUCCAUCUCCGUCAACAGCGAUUGUGAGACCUACAUGUCUGCUGAUGACCUCAGGAUUAACCUCUGGCACUUGGGGAUCACCGACAGGAGCUUCAAUAUUGUGGACAUCAAGCCUGCCAACAUGGAGGAGCUGACAGAGGUGAUCACAGCUGCUGAGUUUCACCCCGACCACUGUAACCUCUUUGUUUACAGCAGCAGUAAAGGGACACUCCGGCUCUGUGAUAUGAGGGCCUCCGCGCUGUGUGACCAGCACUCCAAACUGUUUGAAGAGCCUGAAGAUCCUAGUAAUCGCUCCUUCUUCUCUGAAAUCAUCUCCUCGAUCUCCGACGUCAAGUUUAGCCACAGUGGACGCUACCUGUUAACAAGAGAUUACCUCACAGUCAACGUCUGGGAUAUGAACAUGGAGAACAAGCCCAUUGAAACGUAUCAGGUUCACGAUUACCUCCAGAGCAAGCUUUGUUCCCUGUAUGAGAAUGACUGCAUCUUUGACAAGUUUGAAUGUGCUUGGAAUGGUACAGAUAGUGUAAUUAUGACGGGUGCUUACAACAACUUCUUCAGAAUGUUUGACCGCAACACGAAGCGGGAUGUGACCCUGGAGGCCUCCCGAGAGAGCAGCAAGCCCAGAGCUGUGCUGAAGCCCCGGCGCGUCUGCACUGGAGGAAAGCGCAGGAAGGACGAUAUUAACGUGGACAGCUUAGACUUUUCCAAGAAGAUCUUGCAUACAGCGUGGCACCCGGCAGAGAACAUAAUUGCCAUUGCAGCGACAAACAAUCUGUACAUAUUUCAGGAUAAAGUCAACUCGGAGACGCACUAGGUAUCUGAAUGAGUGGGUCAUAUACAGAAUCUCUCCCCCCCUUUAUUUAUCUCUCUCUAUUCUGUCAUGCUCAAGUUUUUCAAGUACUGUACCUGCUGAUAACUUUCCUCGAGGGUGUAUUCGUUGUGCUGGAGUUGUGGGUUGUGGUUCAUCACUAGGGUGUAUUACUAUUGAUAGUUAUGGGCUUCUUUAAGCCACCAGGGUUGUGCUGACCUUUUGCCUAAAACAGAAAUACAGCUAAUAAUAAUACAAAUUAAUGCAUAUUUUUCAUGUUUGUGGUUAUUGUGUUAAAGUCCUAGUCACAGCUCUUUUUUUCCCCUUUGUUUUUAUUGUUUAAGUGUAAGUUCUUUGUGUAUUUUUCUAUCAUAUAGCAAGGGCCCAUAUUUUAUAACACUUUGCAUCAAAUAAACUUGUCUAGGGCAAUUACCCUGGUGUGAAUGAAUUACUCCUAUUAGAACACUGACUCUUGCUGUUCUAUUCAUAUCAUAGUACAAUAUUCUGUACUGUAAACAAUGAAACAAAAUUUAACAAAAACAUGAGAAGGUAUGAGAAACAGAAAUGUAAUAUGAAAAUCUCUUCAAGGUACUGUACAUAGUACACAGUCAUAAACAAAGCAAUUUCAGGUUCAAGUACUAUGAAUAUUUGAACUGCGAAUCAGAAAAGCAUAUGACCUUCAUUUCAAAAUAGUUGUAUCGACCACAAUUGCUCCUUCAUGCAGUUUUGUAAAGUUGUCUCUGCAUCCUAAUGUACAGUAUGUAUGCAACACAAUCUGCACUUAUUGAUGUUUUGAAAUGGGAGGGGACACACACGACAAACCAUAAAUUCACUAUUUUGCUGUUCAUUUACCUGUGUAUUAUAUACUUUAUAUGAUGUUGACUGAAGAAGGUUCUGUCUAAUCUGGUGUAAAAUAUGAUUAAAUAUGGCCCUGUUUGUACUGUUACUUUUUGAAAUAAACUGGAUUUUGGUGAGUGGAGCAAGAGAAAAGGCACACUGAGGGAUAUUCCAGUCACUUUUUUUUGAGGCCUACUGAUACCCUUCGAAGCACAUCAACAUUAACCAUGGAGAGAACUUACAUCCUAUCUUUAGUAAUACUGCUGUAUUCAUAUUUGUAGCUCAAUCUUUAGAAUUCUGUUUUUGUAUGCCAGUGCUCAACAGCUGCAAGAGAAAUGAACAAAAGUCCCAAUCUCAGCAUGUUAUUUUUGAACUUGCAUAUUCCAGCUUCUAUUAUGGUAUACCGUACCAUCUGUUUCAUAAAACUGAAACUUGCUCAAAAAAUGUACUAAAACUGUUUGAGGUUUCAUUUGGUACUUGAAAUCUGUUCCAAGAUCUUUAGGAUAAGUACCAUGGGGGCUUUUUUAUGAUAUCAUUUCAAUGUCAUGACAUUCAAGUGUCUGCAGAAUCUUACAGGAAGAGGAUUGUGGGAAGUCUUAAUGCAGGAGGAACACAUAUUCGCGUAGGUGACUGUACGGAUUAAGUUACAAACCUGAAUGUAUGUCUUAGUAAAAACCCCCUUUUUUUUUUUUUUGUAAAUAUAUGCUAAAUUAAGUUUUUAAGCAGGAAGUAAUGACACUUCAAAACAGUACAAUAUUGCACUCUUUUAACAUGCAGCCAUCACAAAAGCUUUUAAAUAAGAUCACUGGCUAUAUUUUUUAAAGGUUGAAACAUAGAGACACAUAGCCGUCCACUUUGCAAUACGAGACUGCAUGGUACAUCUGUUUUUAGACUUUUGGCUGCCUUUCUUUGAAUCAUAAGUACGUGUUGCACAAUGGCUUGCAGAGUACUCACUCGGCCCCACUACCGUUAACCCAUGAUAUACUUUGUGUGUUUCAAAGCACAAAAGCAUGUUUACCAUUGUUCAGUAUUACUGUGUACAUUUGUAAUGCCUAAAAAAUGUUUUAAUGAGUAAAAAGGAGAAUGAGAAAUGAUUAUUAACACUGUACUCAAAAAAAUAAAUAAAUACAAAAAAUACAAAUGGGUGAAUGGAACUAUUUAUAUGUAUAUAUUAUUUACUCUCUCAGUAACCUAAUAAGAUGUUUUUUUUUUUUUUUUGAAAAAACUGAUCUCCCUUAAGAUGACUUAGUUCAGAGCCCCGGUAUACUGCCGAUGGUAAUCAUCAAUGCCCUUAGGGUUACCCAAAGUAACAUUGCAAUGUACUUCUGCUUUUUACUGAUGACCAAUGACCUCCUUAUUGAAUGUUUCAAAUUGUAUUCCAUGUGGUAUUGUCCAAAGAGAGUGGUAUGCAGCAAUGUGGCGAAUGUCAUUGAGAGAAUGAAUUGUCUUCUCACAGGGGUCUUGGAUCGAUUUUUCUUUUGUUAUUUCAUAUAAAAGCUUGUGAAACCACCAAUUUUGUGUUUGGAACUUUUUCCUGCUUUUAAGUUCUCGUUAUUGAAUUUUUUUUCCCCUCCUUUUUGUUUC